AUGCCUCGAAAGUCGAAAAAAGCAUUAAAAAGUCAAAAUGCAAUCGCCAGUCGAUGGGAACAGGAAGUUGAUCGACAACAGAAACAACCACCAAUGUCACCGUCAUCAUCAUUGAUGGAAGUUGAAACGGCAAGUAUUAUAGAUCUAGAUUAUGAAGAGAAAGAGAAUGGAAGCGAAGGGGAAAGUGGUGAUGAAAAUUUCAAAUAUAAAUUAGAUUUACCUAUGAUUGGUGAUUUGUUUGAAAUUUGUAAGAGUACAUGUGGAUCUCGUAAGUUGUCAGUUCUCAUCUAUACACUUCUUCGCUAUCUCAAUUUCACGUGGCGUCAGGCUGACGAAGUUUUAAAAAGUAUUGGUGCGUACCGAUGUGAAAAUGCUCAUAAGUGGGCAGAAGUUUUCAUGUCUGGUAAUAUUGAAACAUUUCAGGAGGAAGGUCGAGGAGGGAAACAUCACGAAACAUUUUAUUAUGUGUUUCCAGAACUCGAGAUAGAAGCUAAACUUUUCGCCAUUGAAUCUUGCUCACGUAAAUCAGCUGAUUUUACAGUAAUCAACUUGGCAAACUUCAUUGAUAAAGAGUUCUACAAACUUACACAAACUUCGAAACUCGAUACUGUUUUAAUUCGUUCUGUUGAGAGUUGUCGUUUAGAUCUCCGACGUUGGGGUGCCAAAUUCGAGCCAAAUAGUCAAAGGCCUUACUUUGAAGGGCAUGAAAGGCAAGAUGUAAUUGUUCAUAGACAAGAAUUCAUUUCUUAUUUUCUUCGAAGGAAAAAUUCAUAUUAUACAAUAAACGAUGGUGAUCAGCCUGUAUGGAAAAUCCCUUCACACAAUCCUUCCGUUCUUAUCUUUCAUGAUGAGUCGACGUUUAAAAGUGGGGAAAUGUCGACUAAAAGGUGGACUGUAGAAGGUAAGACUCCUUUUUUCUCCAAAGGUCGUGGACGUUCCUACAUGAUUAGCGAUUUCAUUAUUCAACACCCAAGUGGUCCGUUCUUCUCCCUUUCUGAUACUGAGUAUCGUAAAGCUGUCAAAAAAUUUCCUUCUCUUUCGAAUUCUGAUGAAUUUUUAAACUAUGUUGGAAACUCGGCUACUGCCGGCAUAAAUGUAGGUAUUGAAGGCUAUUUCGAUAAUCAAACGAUUCUUUCUCAGUUCGAGCGUUUCUUUCAACUUAUUUCUUUCAAACAGGAUUUUAAAGGUCAUGAAAUUGUCGUGAUAGUAGAUAAUGCUCGAACUCAUUCUGCACGUGAGUAUUCUAUCAAUGAAUUUAGUAAAGGAAUAGGUACGAACUGUCCCGUCGAUUCGAUUGAUUACGUUGACCAUACAGGUAAGUUCAUUUCUAUUUCAUAUCGUUUCACAACCGGUGAGUAUCGAGGGAAAACAAAAGGUUUGCUUGUACUAGCAAAAGACUUAGGAGUUGAUGUUCACCCUUCUAUCAAGCUAGUCGACCUACGAGCUCUACUUGCGCAACAUCCUGCAUUUCAGAAUGUUUCGAAACUUGAAAUAUUAGGUAGGAAGUAUGAUAUCAAGGUAAUCUUUUGCCCGAAAUAUCAUUGUGAAUUGAAUGCAAUCGAAGGGCUUUGGUGCCACAUGAAGCAAUAUGUAAGGAGAAAGAGUGAUCAGACAUUUCCAACGAUGCUUCAACUCAUUCCCGAAUCUCGUGAGAACUUUAAAGAACGAAAAAUUCACAUGAAGCUCUUUCGUCGAUUUUGGCACUCUCUUGAUGCGUAUAGUCAAGGUAAGUCGUACGCCGAAGUUCUGUCUCUCUUCUUCAGUCAAGCAUGUGAGUCAGAUAUUGUAGCUCAUCGCAAAAUCACCAACAGUAAACUCAAGUGA